UAUAUCAGAGAUAAAGAGAUGUCCAACUCUAUUUUCAUUGGAAGUGAGAGCGCACGGACAAACGUCAAAACCUACCAAUCUUUGACAGUUGACUGGAAUCAGUAGGUUUUGACGUUUCGCAAUUGGGAAACUGGAACGGCCAUAUUGAAAUGUUGCUAAAAAAAUUAUACGACAGAGACAUUUUUGAACGCCGUGCAAGAUUACUUAUAAGAGCUUAAAACAAUAAAUAUAAAUAUAAACGCGAAAUUUAAAAGAGGGUAAAGAAAUUUUUUAUGAUAUGCAGCAUAGGGAAAUUAAUUUUUUCAUGGAAAAUUGUAAAAAAAUUAUCAAUUGUCAGUUGACAAGUGAUAAUUUUCCUUAUUUAUUACUGAAAGUUCGAAAACAAGCAAUUUUAACGUACCUUAAUAUCGCUAAAAGAAAUUUAAAUAUGUAAUUUUUAUAUUAAAAAUUCAGUAUAAAAUUUUUUUUAACCGUAAUAAAUGUUGGGUAUUUUAAUUUAAAUGCCCAAAAAUUUGUAUUUUGUCUGGUCUGGCAAUAAUGCAAAUUGUUAUAAAAAACGCUUAUUUUGAGGCGCUCUCACGCUGGAAUAAGUUGGACAUCCCUUUAUCCCUGCUUUAUAUGCCACUCAUUGCGCCAACAACUCCGUGAAUCAAGUGAUCGCGUUAACACUUGCUGCAGCCAAGUGAUAGAAGUGGUAGAAAGAAAACUCGCUUGGGACGCGUUAAGAAAAAGUUGCAGCUGCGUGUGUACACGUCGCUUCACUACAAUAGUGUUGUAGUCAAUUGUAUUUGUUAUUUUGUGUUGUACAUAAAGUUAUACAUUGUUUUUGCUCAUAUACUUUGCAUAUACUAAUUAUUGGUGAACACUAUUCAUGUUUUUUUCUUUUGUGAUUAGAGCCAGUGUCAAAUCAAAACAUUGGCAUUCUCUUACAGUCCGAAACAGUAAUGAAACAAAAGUGCAGUGAAUGAUACAUACAUAGAUACAUACAUAAAAACAUACAACAUAAAUUUCUUUUUAAAUACAUAUAUACAUACAUGUACAAGUAAUUUUGCCCACUGACUGUUGAGUGAGUGGCCUAUAUGUGAAACGUGAUCAUUGUGGAGUCUAUCGCAUACGAACAGCGAAUUGAAAGUCAUUAAAAAGAAGCAAAAAACCAGGCAUGUCUUCAGAAAGAUUUCACAAAGCGGCAAAAGAUGGCUUACUUGACGUUCUAAAGGAAGCUACACGUAAAGAUGCCAAUGCCAAAGACGAUGAUUCUAUGACUCCUGUGCUAUGGGCAUCCUUUGAGGGACGUUUGGAUGCAUUGCGUUUGCUCUGUGGUAGAGGAGGUGACCCUGACAAAUGUGACCAAUUCGGCAAUACGGCGCUACAUUUAGCCUCAGCCAAGGGUCAUCUGCAUUGUGUGGACUUUCUUGUGAAAUUCGGCGUAAAUAUUUAUGCGCUUGAUAUUGAUCGUCAUAGUGCUAAAGAUUUGGCCGCCAUCAACAAUCGCGAUGACAUUCUACGGUAUUUGGAUAGCGCCACAGCGAAUUUCGAGACCAACGACAAGAAAAAGGCCAAAGCUAUGCGUGAACUUGCGGAGAAGAAUUGUGAGAAACGCAUGCGCGAAUAUAUGAAACGUCAACAGAAACUAGAAAGUGAACACUUUGAUACGAGCAGCAAAGCAACGACACUCACGAACAGCGGCAAUAAGUCUAAAAUGUUAUCAACACUUAAACAGAAGAUUUGGUCCAGCCAAGGAAAUCUGCACAAACCGUCGCGCGACUCGUCGUCAGCUGCUGCGCCUUGUCCAAGCAUUAGUAGCGGCAGUACUGCCACGAAAUUUAGUGAACUCGUAUCACCGGGCAGCGGUAGCGGCGGUAGUGUAGGUUCGCUUGCGAGUCGUGCCGGUACGAUGCAGAAGAAGUUGCGCAGUCACCAACACACAUGUAAUCAUUCAAGUAAAGCAGAAGAGACCGGCUUCAAGAUUGGUGGCAUUGAACCGGAUGGCAAACGCACGGUAACCUCGCUUAUAGGAGUGCAACGCGACUCGGAGGUCUUGUAUGUGGGCACGUUCAGCUCAAACGAUGAGAACAGCAAACGCGGCAAAAUCAGCGAUGUUUUCGAAGUGGACGAACCGUGCAGUGAUCGGGAACGUGAAACCACUAAGUUGGGUUACGGCACACUUUCACGUUCCUUUUCACAACCCGACAUUCUUGGAGAUUCGCUAAUACCCACCGGAAGAUUAAGUGAGGAGUUCGCAAUGCAACGGCCAGCUGGUCUAUUCGAUCGUCCAAUGUUAGGCAGCAUAGCGUUCCGUCGCUCAGUGACUGCGGCGCUCAGUCAAUUACAGCCAGAUAACUAUAUGCCACAUGACCUGGAAACUGGCACCACGAGUACUAGCACGACGACAAGGCAAAGUAGCGGUGCAACAGUGACGAAAUCGCGUAGCAACAAACAACGUUCUUUUCUCAAUAUAUCUGACUCCGAUUCUGAGGGUGCGGAUGGCUAUAGCGACGAUGAGCAGGACAAUGCGGGCAAUCCAAUAGCGCGUUUUCUCACCGCAUGGGGCUUGGAUGAGUAUUUGUCUGUUUUUCAGAAGCAGCAAAUUGAUCUGGACACUUUGAUACUGUUAACCGAAGCGGAUUUGAAGUCUUUAGGACUUCCUUUGGGUCCCUUCCGAAAACUUACGUGCGCCAUACAAGAACGUAAAAAUGCGCUUGCCAAUCCUGGCGCUAUGACGGACAGUAGGCUCUGA